AUGGAAUCAGAAAACCAAACAGGUGUCUUGGAAUUCCUCCUCCUGGGCCUCUCAGAUGACCCAAACCUGCAGCCCAUUCUCUUUGCACUGUUCCUGUUCCUGUACCUGGUCACAGUGCUUGGGAACAUGCUCAUCAUCCUGGCCAUCUGCACUGACUCUCACCUCCGCACCCCCAUGUACUUCUUCCUCUCCAACCUGUCCUUCAGUGACAUCUGCUUCAGCACUAGCACAGUCCCUAGGAUGCUGAUGAAUAUCCAGAGACACAGCAAGGCCAUCAGUUACGCAGGCUGCCUCACCCAGGUCUGCUUUGUCCUGGUUUUUGCUGGAGUGGAAAACAGUCUCCUUGCAGCAAUGGCUUAUGAUCGUUAUGUGGCCAUCUGCCAUCCCCUCAGGUACUCAGUCAUCAUGAACCCCCGCCUCUGUGUCCUGCUGAUUGUAUUGUCCUUAACCAUUAGCGUUGUGUAUGGCCUGCUUCACAGUCUGAUGGUGCUGAGGCUGUCCUUCUGCACAAACCUGGAGAUCCCCCACUUCUUCUGUGAACUUGAUCAGGUCAUCAAACUGGCCUGUUCUGAUACCCUCAUCAAUAACAUCCUAUUCUAUUUAGUGUCUGGCAUUUUGGGUGGUGUUCCUCUUCUUGGGAUUAUUUACUCUUACAUUAAAAUAGCCUCUUCUAUUCUGAAAAUGUCCUCAGCUGGGGGAAAGCAUAAAGCCUUUUCCACCUGUGGGUCUCACCUCUCAGUGGUCUCUUUGUUCUAUGGGAUGGGUUUUGGGGUGUACAUUAGCUCUGUAGUGACUGACUCAUUCACCAAUACUGCAGCAGCCUCAGUGAUGUACACUGUGGUCCCUCCAAUGCUGAACCCCUUUAUCUACAGCCUGAGGAACAGGGACAUGAAGGAAGCCUUGAGGAAACUCAUCAUUAAGCCUCCUUUUUGGUGA